GUGGGGCUCUGGUGGCAUUAAAGACUUCUUUGGAUGGUGUCAGGAAUGAGCCAGCUCCAAGCAAAGGUUUGCAACCAACUGCAGAAAGCAGCCAGGAACAGAGAGGCUUAGAUGUUAGUCAGGCAGUGGAGAGCCGGCAGCUGCAGACUUUGGCUCUUCCUGACCUUGGUGGCUGAAAGCAGGCUAGAACACAGCCAAAGCUCACAGGAAGCACAAACAGGCACAGACUAAGAGAUAGCCUCUCAGAACACAAAGAGGUUGGAGCUGAUCCACUGAGUCCGAAGAGUUGGCAAAUGGGAGGGCUGCUAGAUAGGAAGCAAAAGACGAGGCACAAUGAUUGUAAGUUCAAUAUCUUCUGUUGACACCGGAAGCAGUCUUCAGAAGGGUCAUCUUGAGUAAUGAUGCCAGAGGCUUUGUUAGAGCCGUCCGGAGCUUUGUUGUUGUUGUUUAGUCGUUUAGUCGUGUCCGACUCUUCGUGACCCCAUGGACCAGAGCACGCCAGGCACUCCUGUCUUCCACUGCCACCCGCAGUUUGGUCAGACUCAUGUUUGUAGCUUCGAGAACACCGUCCAACCAUCUCAUCCUCUGUUGUCCCCUUCUCCUUGUGCCCUCAAUCUUUCCCAACAUCAGGGUCUUUUCCAGGGAGUCUUGUCUUCUCAUGAGGUGGCCAAAGUCUUGGAGCCUCAGCUUCAUGAUCUGUCCUUCCAGUGAGCACUCAGGGCUGAUUUCCUGAAGAAUGGAUAUGUUUGAUCUUCUUGCAGUCCAUGGGACUCUCAAGAGUCUCCUCCAGCACCAUAAUUCAAAACCAUCAAUUCUUCGGCGAUCAGCCUUCUUUAUGGUCCAGCUCUCACUUCCAUACAUACACUUCCGGAGCUAUCUCUUUGUAUUUGCAACAAAUCCUCCUUUUUAAUUAUCUACGCUUACUGUGCUAUCAAGUUGGGAACUUGGACUCCUGACAGAUGGUAUUUAAAAAAGCAGCAGUGAUGCACCACCUUCUUUUAGCCAAGAUUGGAAAGCUGUUUUCUUUCAGCUUUUCUUCUUUCUCUCGCCAAGGACAGAUGCAGCCCAUAUCCUCCAGCUGGCCCAGCCUCUUCAUCACCAGCCUUGUUCUGUUCUGUGAGCUCUUGGUGGGCUCCGAGGAGAACCCAUCAGGUGGUAAUGUAUCUUUGCAUCUCACGAGUGGUAGAUGUGAUCUGUAUGCAUCUCAUUCUCCAGACUUCACUACUGCACAUAGCUGUCAACUUUUCCCUUUUCUUGCGAGGAAUCCUAUUCGGAAUAAGGGAAUUUCCCUUUAAAAAAGGGAAACGUUGACAGCUAUGCUACUGCAAUGUGCUGUAUGCUACUGCAAUGUGCUUCCUAACCCGCUUGCAGCCAUCAGCUUAAAUAGCACUUGUAUGUUGUACUGGCCGUACCGGCUUCCAGUACUUGUGCUGGCCGAGAUUAACAUUUUGGUUUUGACCUUUGAGGCCCCUGAAUGAGUCAGUCCUAUGCUAUAUCUAUUGAACUUCUCAUGCUUUUACCAUCUUGCCUGCACACCGAUUUCCCAAUUAGAAGCUGUCUUGGUGUGUCCACCACCUUGACCUGUCCGGUGAGUGACCAUAUGAGAAAAGGCCAUUUCUGUGGCGGCUCUGCAUUUUUGAAGCUCCCGGUACAGCUGCAGCAGACAGACAUGCCUUUCAGAAGGCCUCAGAGAGGCACUUGUUUCAAAUAGCCUUCCCCGAGUCAUUUUUGCCCCAUUUUUUUGGAAUAGCUUUCUUUAUUGUUCAUUUGCUUGCCCUGGCCAGGAAAACGGCAUAUACCGUAUUUUUCUGUGUAUAAAACGCCCCUGGAUAUAAGAUGCCCCCUAUUUUUGGGGACUCAAAAUUAAGAAAAUGGGGGGAGAUUGCCAAGAGUUGUUAAGCUUUUUUGGGGGCGGAUUGCCGAAAGUCGCUCACUCAAUGCACUGACACUUACAAUCGCACGCAUUGCCAAAGCCACCAACAGACUGCCCAAUCUCUGACGACAGACUCCAAUCAAAUGCCCAAUUGCCACAAAGGCAGACAAUCGCCAACAGCACUUGCCACAAUCAACAAUCACCCACCCUAUCGUCGCUGAUAAUCUCCUCCUCGGGGCUGCAACCAAUCACCUGUCACACCUCAGCACUACCCAUGUAUAGGUAAAGGUAAAGGGACCCCUGACCGUUAGGUCCAGUUGUGGCCGACUCUGGGGUUGCGGCGCUCAUCUUGCUUUACUGGCCGAGGGAGCUGGUGUACAGCUUCCGGGUCAUGGGGCCAGCAUGACUUAAGCCGCUUCUGGCGAACCAGAGCAGUGCACGGAAAUGCCGUUUACCUUCCCGCCAGAGCGGUACCUAUUGAUCUACUUGCACUUUGACGUGCUUUCGAACUGCUAGGUUGGCAGGAACCCAUGCAUAAGACGAGACCAAAUUUCAAACGUACCGUAUUUUUCGCUCUAUAGGACACACUUUUUCCCUCCUAAAAAGCAAGGGAAAAUGUGUGUGCAUCCUAUGGAGCGAAUGCAGGGGGGAGGCAGGCGGGGAAAGCCCCCAAGAGCCGCACACAAGCUCUGUGCGCUCUUGCGGGCUUUUCCCCAGGAGGGAGAAGGGACUGACUGGCCGCAUCAGUCCCUUCUCCCACCUCGUAGAAAGCCCACAGGAGCCACACACCCUUUAAAGAGCGCACGGCUUCUGUGGGCUUUUGCGAGAGGUGAGGGAAUCCCCCCACCUCCCAGAAAAGCCAGGAGAAGCCGUGCAGCCCUUUUAAAGAGCGUGCGGCUUCUGCCAGUUUUGCGGGAGGUGGAGGAAUUUCCCCACCUCCUAGAAAAGCCAGCAGAAGCCGCACAGCCCCUUUAAAGAGCGCACAGCUUCUGCGGGCUUCUGCGGGAGAUGGGGGAAUUCCCCCACCUCCCGCAAAAGCAGGAAGAAGGUCUGGGAGAAGCGCACAGACUGCCUGCAGCCUGUCCACUGCUCCCAGAGCUGGGGGGGGGGGAUCAUAUUUUUUCCCUUGAUUUCCCCCUCUAUGGUCAGGUGCGCCCUAUGGAGCGAAAAAUACGGUAAUUUUUUAGUAAAAAAACCCCCCUAGUCUUAUACAUGGAAUAAUACGGUGAUUUUUUUAAAAAACAACAACAACAAGAACAACAAAAAUAAAGUGAGUGAUAUGGGUUGUGACUCUUCCCCACAUUCUUUCAACAGGAGGUGGGGUCGGUGAUCGCCCUGAGCAGAUUUUAUUCUGCUCAUUUCAUGCGCAGCUAUUGUCAUGUUGAAUGCUAAUGCCCUCCCUUUCCUUUACCUCCAGGUUGUCUCCUGGACUGGCAGGGAUGGGGUGAUGGCUGCUAUAAAGUCUUUGACGACCCACCACUUUCAUGGGAUGAGGCAGAAGUGAGAAGGGCAUCUGGGUGCUUUUUUUGGGGGGGGGAUGAACCUAGAAUAAAUUUGGUGCGAUUAGCACGUUGAGGAGACCCUCCUUAUUUCACUUGUCCUGAAAUAACACACAAACCAAAACACAUCUAUCUUUUGAAAGUUGCAAAGCGGCUCUCCCAGAAAAUAAUAUGGGGCAAACGUGCAUAUUUGGGGGGAAAUGGGUAUAAUGCAGAUAUUGCUGACAAUAACAUCGAAAGGUGCAGUGUGAAGAUGAAGAAACAAAGAUAUAAAUGGGCAGGUUAUCCCAUCUAUCUUCUGCAGCGGCCAAACAAAACCUGCAUUUCCAGGCUGUCGGACGUUGGACCUUGAUUUCAAUGUAUUGAAAUCAAUAUUCAAGCCAAUAUUCAACCCAAGCCUGACUUUCAGGACAUUUCUAAGGCACACCUAGUUGCAUUAAACUCAUAUUUUUGUUACCUCUCAGGAAGCCUGCCAUAAAUAUGAUCCCAAUGACCACCUCGCAUCUCUGCGUGAUGCAGAAGACCUGAGCUUAUUAGCUCUCCACCUUUCAGCUUCACAAGUGCAACACGUUUGGAUCGGACUAUCUGACCAAGAUAAGGUGAGCAUCCAAGCCUUUCUUCUUCUCUCCUUGCCCUGUCAGAGCUAAUAGUGAAUGAAUUCUGUGGGAAGGGUAUUCCAUGAAGCUUCCACAGCUGAUGCCCUUGAGAUGUUCUGGGCUACACCUGCCCUAAACACCUUUUAAAACCAACAUGUGAAAAUACUGUGAAAGCUAAAACUGUAGCCUUAUUAGACUUUACCGACUGGUGGCGUCUGCGUUGCUCCCGGGAGGGAGAAAGGAAGUCAAAUGACACUGAGGUUGAUUCAGAGAAAGAGUUUAUUCUGCUCUCCGGAUAGCAGAAGGCACUUGCGUGAUCAGUUCACAGCAAGUCCAAAGGAAAAGAAAUUUCAUGCAGUAUAUAUAUCCUCCAGGCACCCUCUCCCCCCUUCCCCAGGAAUCCAGCCACGUCAGCUUAUUAUUUUUUUUAAAAUGAUAUUUAUUGAAAUUUUUUUGAAUUACAGAGAAAAAACAAAGCAGAAAAAGAAAAAAGAAAAAACAAAGAAAAAGCAAACCACAUCCAACAAUACAAAUUCAAAAAAAAACACACAAAAAAAUACACCGCAAACAGACAAAAAUAAAUCCAUCAUUCUCAAAUCCUCAACUCUCAUUACCUUCUUUCUUUGACCUCCUCCUCCCUUUUUUUUGUAUCCUAGUUAAUAAUUAUCGCAGCAAAUCCUUUCCAUAUUUCAUAAUAUUCUGUCUUUACAUUACCUUAAUCUAUUUUCAUCUUCUCUUAUAAGAAACCUUAAAACUUAAACUUAAAUCUUAUUUUUACCGACUUCUCACAACCAUAAUAUUCUUACCUAAUUCUUUAAACAUUUUUACUAGAGCCAGGUAAUUUCGUUCCAACAUUUUUCUAACAUUCAUCCAUUUUAUAAAACAAUCCUGGUAAUAAGAGAAAAAGAAAUAAAAACAAUCCAAUCUUCAUCCAGCGUCCCUUCCUCCUGGUCCCGGGUUUUGUCAGUCCUUUUUUCCCAUCGAUCUAGCGCAUUAACCUGGUAACCUUAUAUCCGAGGCCCUUAAGUCACUUCCAUGUCCCUUCCGCAGCUCUUCUUCAUAUUCUCCUUUCACUCGUGGGAACUCCAGCUUGGUGAUGUUUUUGACCCUUUUCAACAAAUCAGCCCCUUUUCCAUAAUCCAGACUCAAUUCCAUGUGGUAUUUAAAAACAUGUUUCAGAAUCCCUCCAAAAUUGAGAGCCCCCACAGCUCCAGACAUCUCACGGCCCAUUGCCAGACUCGGAAAGUCCAAACAUCCCUGCAUAGGGGGGUCUAUCCAACCCCCCAUUUCCAAACCAAUCCAAACUUUAUCUUUCCAAAUCUGGCUUUUUCCAAGUUCAUUUGUCAAAUCCAAAAGCUCAUGUUCCUGCAAGGCCGCAGCUCCCUCCAUCUCUGGCGCCCAAGAUUCAGCAACAUCCUCUUCUCUCAUCUGCUCUGUCAGGACGCACUCCUGAUCUGAUUCCUGGGUGGGUUCCACAUAGUUUCCCACUUCCUGUUCAAAAAUUCUGACCGCAUUAGUCAUCAAAUCCGUCUUCUCACUUAACUGUUCCAGUAGGGCACUUAUUUUACAGAGAGCACACAACAGAGCCUCUGAAUACAUUGUCCUACAAGGUCACAAGUCCAUUCCCACGAUUGUAAUCUGUGACAGCUGCAAGCUCCCUAGAAUUAGUUACAAUUUCACAGUCUCCCUCUAGGGGGAGAACUUCUAUUUGUUCUUGCAACAGAGUAUCCUUUUUGAGAUAUUUGGUCAAUAUUUGUUCCUUUAAAAUGCGAAAGGAAACAGUGGAAUCACUAUGUUUCUCUUCUUCUAACUAUCUGUCAAAAACGUUUGUCUCUGGUCAAUGAGCUUCAAACGUCAGUCCUGACACCCCGCUCCAGGAUCAGGACGGUGGAAAGUUACUUUACUUUAAACUCACUUCUGCAGGUUUAAACAGUCCAAAAAAGAUCCCCCUUCUUCUCCUGCUGCCGAAGGGGGGUUCAACAAUUUUAAAUGAUGAAAGCCAAUCCUUUAGAAGCGAUUUUCUAAGCUCUAGUUUACGUUGUCUUUGCUUUAUUCUGACUACAAAGAAACGGAAGGCUGACUUCCUGUUUAGACCUUCCCGUUUCAGUACCAAAUUGAAGUAAAUCUUUAAGUCCAAUUCCUUUCUGCUCGCAAGUCCUUAUUUAAAGUCCGAUUGUUCAAAGUUUAAGUACUCACGGGUGCUUAUUUUAGAAGCCAAAUUGUCCCAGGAAAAAGGCAGCGCUCUCCGGCAACGGCUAUGCGCAGCCACGUCAGCUUAUACACGCAGGUUGACAUCACAGAUGUUCUUGCUCCGGUACUCUUAACCAUAAAAGGGUGUUCCUCUUCCUGUACUCUUGAUCAUAUAAGGGUAUUCCUGUUCCGGCACUCUUAUCUUGGGGUAAGAAGGUCACCAACUCUCCUGGCGCUGUUCCAGGACUAGGUCUGUGCGUCAGAGUGUGGUCAGGAUGUAAAAUAAGACCCAGACGUGCCAUCCCUGCUCCACUGGAACAGCCAAGGCCAUCCAUUGCCGUCACAGACUGAUAAAGGAGAGCACUUUGUUUAUACAGCUGGCUUACUGUUAUGCAUUUGCUCAACAGCUCAAGUUAAUGCAUUUUAGAAAUGCUCCCUUGGAGAAGGAAAAAUGUGGAUUUUGGGGCCCGUUCCAGACUGACUACACAGUCAGGUUUUUAGAUUUGGGAAGCCCAUUCCUUCAAAACUAAUGGGUGUGGGAAUGUAACCCACUGGAAGCAGUCAAGUACAACAUUCCUUGUUUUCCUAGAGUGGACAUGCAAGGGAAUGUUUGGUCCAGCCUGUCGAAACUUCCUGUUCCUCCUGGCCUGGAGCAUCCUUCCUUUUGCAUGUGACUAGUGGGUAGGCGUGACCUUUCCAGACCUGGUAAAAGGCAAGAGCAUGCCUCCACUCUCUCUCUUUCCCAUCUUCCUUUCAUCCUGCAAACUUCCUGGACUGAACUGCUGGCUGCCCCAGGUCAUCUCCCUUACAGGCUAAUCCCGUUAGUAUAAAUUUGUAACUUUAAGCCUUAAGCCUGCCUUCAGGGAUCACACUAUGCUCUGCCUGAUCAUGAGCAAACUUUCUUUUUGUUGCUUAUGAAUAAGACUGUGGUGCCUUUAUUCUUUUAGGAGGGAUUCAAGGGGUCUUACCAGGAAAAUAUUACCCUAAUUAAAACACAUUUCAGUCUGGACAAGCCAGAUUGAAUUGCGUAUUGUCUUAAGAAACUCACACGAGUUUGCAACUAGUUUUCUGCUGUGUAAAGGGGAAUGCACUCUGCUAAGUAAAGGAACUUGCUAGCACAAGUCAUGAAGGAUAUUAAUAAUAAAUAUAUCCUCUUCUGCCACCUUGAACAUUCCCACAAUGGGAAGAUCAGCCACUCUUUCUCAUUUUAGUUUCACACAGUUUUUAAGAACUCAAAUAUUUCGCAGUGUUUCGCAAAAUUAAAGAAUUAAACACUGCAAAAUUAAAUAUUUCGCAGUGUUUCGCAAAAUUAAAGAAUUAAACACUGCAAAAUUAAAGAAUGCUAGAGUGAUGUUGGAUUGAAAAUAAGUGGUUUCCAGCUGUACAGGAUUUAAAGUUAUAGAUAGACUAAGAUUAAAGAUUAGGAUUAAAGAAGUUUAAGGAAAUGGAAAUUUGGUAUUUAAGAGGUAAAAUUUUAAUGCUAUAUUACAUUAAGAUUAAAGAUUGGGAUUAAAAAGUGGAAAAGAAAUUGCUGGACAAACAAUUUGGACUGGAAUACAAAAGAGGGAGGUAUGAGGAGGUCCAGAAAAUAAGUAAAUUUAAAAACGGUAAUGAAAAGGUGAUAUUGUUUUUAAUUGUUCUGUUUCUUUUUUUGUUUUUUGUUCUCUGUGUUGUUUUUUCUUCUUCUUUGGAUUAUGUAUUGUGUAUUUGUGUAUUUCUUUCUUACGUUUUUCUGUUUAAUCUUUUACUGAAAUCUUAAUAAAAAUCAUAUAUAUAUAUAAAAAAGAACUCAAAUAUUUCCUGGGGGGGGGAGCAGAAUUGUGCUUGUCUUCCCCACCCCAACUCUCCUUGCUCCCUCCUCCACACCCCAAAGGGUCAUUGUGGGCUCCUGGUUGAUGUCCUGCUAGUCAAGGAAGAUUUUCUAUGGUUCAUUUGGGUAGAAUGAUCACGUAGCAAGUUGUGUGUACUGGUGGGUCUGUUUGUGACCUGUUCUUUCUGCAUCCCUACAGGAUGGAAAAUGGGAGUGGUCAGAUGGAUCUGAAGCCUCCUUCAUGCCUUGGGGUGAGGGGGAACCUGACAAUUCUGGCGUCAAGUUUUGUGUCUUCUUGUCUCACCAAGAUGGUAAGGAGUCAGCUUUCAGGACCUGGUCUUUGUGUUGGGGGAGUUAGGUGGCUAUCAAAUGCUUUGCUAGUGAUACCUGCUAGCCAAAUGUGUUUACACAGCAAUCAAUCAAUCAAUCAAUCAAUCAAUCAAUCAAUCAAUCACUCAUCCAUCUGGCUGGGUUUCCCCAGCCACUCUGGGCAGCUCCCAACAGAAUAUUAAAAAUACAAUAAAACAUCAGACAUUAAAAACUUCCCUAAACAGGGCUGCCUUCAGAUGUCUUCUAAAAGUCAGAUCAUUGUUUAUUUCAUUAACAUCUGAUAGCAGGGUGUUCCACAGGGCGGGUGCCACCACCGAGAAGGCCCUCUGCCUGGUUCCAUGUAACUUCACUUUUAGCAGUGAGGGAACCACCAGAAGGCCCUCGGAGAUGGACCUCAGUGUCCAGGCUGGAUGAUGGACAUGGAGACGCUCUUUCAGGUCUACAGGGCCGAGGCUGUUUAAGGCUUUAAAGGUCAGCACUUUGAAUUGUGCCUGGAAAUGUACUGGGAGCCAAUCUGGGUAUUUCAGGACUGACCUUAUAUGGUCUUGGUGGCUGCUCCCAGUCUCCAGUCUGGAUGCUGCAUUCUGGAUUAGUUGUAGUUUCUGGGUCACCUUCAAAGGUAGCCCCACAUAGAGCACAUUGCAGUAGUCCACGUGGGUGCCACUACCAAGAAGGCCCUCUGCCUGGUUCCCUGUAACCUCACUUCUCACAGGGAGGGAACCGCCAGAAGGCCCUUGGAGCUGUAUAGGCAGAACGAUGGAGGUGGAGAAGCUCCUUCAGAUAUGUGAGCGUAACAACUGGGCAUGCAGUCUUGAGAUCUACAUUUGACUCUGAUGCCUUAACACCUCUUGCAAGCGAAUUUAAUAGUUUGCACAGCGGUACGGUAGAGAAUGGGGGAUGCGGGUGGCGCUGUGGUCUAAACCGCAGAACCUAGGGCUUGCCGAUCAGAAGGUCGGCGGUUCGAAUCCCCGCAAUGGGGUGAGCUCCCGUUGCUCAGUCCCAGCUCCUGCCAACCUAGCAGUUUGAAAGCGCGUCAAAGUGCAAGUAGAUCAAUAGGUACCGCUCCAGCGGGAAGGUAAACAGCGUUUCCAUGCGCUGCUCUGGUUCGCAAGAAGUGGCUUAGUCAUGCUGGCCACAUGACCCGGAAGCUGCACGCCAGCUCCCUCGGCCAGUAAAGCAAGAUGAGCGCCACAACCCCAGAGUCGUUCACGACUGGACCUAAUGGUCAGGGGUCCCUUUACCUUUACGGCAGAGAAUAGGCUGUGAGUGUUACUUUGUGCACGCAGAGAGAAAGGACAAGAAAGGGUUAAUCUAGGUGUGCUUCCGCCGCACCUGCAGCUGGCUAGGUGUGAGUCAGCAAACAUGAGAGUGAGUCAGACUGAGUCAGCACAAUAUAAAGUAUAAAUACCUGUUGUUUGCAGCAAGUUUGCCUCAGGCUCUUGCCUUUUGGCUAGAACCUAAACUGUUUUGGAACACUGUAAGGAGGACGCAGGUGGCGCUGUGGGUUAAACCACAGAGCCUCUUGGGCUUGCCUAUCAGAAGGUCGGCGGUUCGAAUCCCCGCGAUGGGGUGAGCUCCCGUUGCUCGGUCCCUGCUCCUGCCAACCUAGAAGUACGAAAGCAAGUAGAUAAAUAGGUACCACUCUGGCGGGAAGGUAAACGGCGUUUCCGUGCGCUGCUCUGGUUCGCCAGAAGCGGCUUAGUCAUGCUGGCCACAUGACCCAGAAGCUGUACGCCGACUCCCUUGGCCAAUAAAGUGAGAUGAGCGUUGCAACCCCAGAGUCGGUCACGACUGGACCUAAUGGUCAGGGGGCCCUUUACCUUUACCUAAGGAGGACAUGCUGCUCAAAAUACCUUGCUGUGAUCAGAGUGUUUUGCCAAAAAGAACUGAACUGCCACCUGUUUGUUUUCCUUGGGCUGGAUGUGCUCAGGACAAGUGUUGACUCUGACUAAGCUUGUCUCUCUUUCUCUUUCCAGGUUUUCAGAAAUUUAGAACUGACCGUUGCCCAUACGUUGUGUCCUACGUUUGUGAGCAUAAGCCAAAGUGUUGGGGUCCGUGACCUCAUCCCUGCCCCUGGAUAACUCCAUCAAACACAAGAGGCUUCCAUCCCACUUAGUUGCUGAGGUCCCCCAGCCCUGCCUUUCCAGCUGUACCUUUUUAGUGCCCCACUAGAUCAUGGUCCACUUACUGCUCUCACAAUGGCCUACUAGAUGUUCCCAUGGGAAUCCUGGAAGUAGGACUGAGUGCAAGAGCACCUUCCCCUGUGAGGCAAGGAUGAACGAUCUCUGUAGACCUUCAGAUGGAACAAAGCUGUGUCAUCCCAGACCAUUGCCCUGCUGGUGGCAUUUAUGCCCUUUGGGGUUCCUUAUAAGUCAGCAGGGGACGCGGGUGGCGCUGUGGGUUAAACCACACAGCCUAGGACUUGCCGAUCAGAAGGUUGGCAGUUCGAAUCCCCGCAACGGGGUGAGCUCCCAUUGCUUGGUCCCUGCUCCUGCCAACCUAGCAGUUCGAAAGCAUGUCAAAGUGCAAGUAGAUAAAUAGGUACCUCUCCGGCGGGAAGGUAAACGGCAUUUCCGUGCGCUGCUCUGGUUCACCAGAAGCGGCUUAGUCAUACUGGCCACAUGACCCGGAAGCUGUACGCCGGCUCCCUCGGCCAAGAAAGUGAGAUGAGCGCCGCAACCCCAGAGUCGGCCACGACUGGACCUAACGGUCAGGGGUCCCUUUACCUUUACCUUUUAUAAGUCAGCAGAGUCACCCAGCAAAUCUUCAAGAAUCUUCGUCCUCAGUUCAGCUCAUCUGUUGGGGAUCUCCCAUGUGGGAAUAAACAGCUCACCUAUUUCUGUUCUGCUUAAAGAAUUUGUUGAACUUGCAAUAUUACAAAUUAUACUACUGGUCCAAUAAAGAAACAUAUAAAGUAUAUUAAAAAAUCAUUCUGUCUCACUGCUCUUCAGCCCUCUGGCCAGAGCAAUGGCCUUCAUGGCACACGCCACAGGCUUGCACACCCUCUCCUCUAGAGAAGGGGUUGGCAAAGUUUUUGUGGCUUGGGCCGGUUCACGGUCCCAAAUGCACAAAUGCUAUUUCUGGUGCUCCUUCUGGCACAGAGGAGGCGUGCACAGCUACUCAUUGGCUGCAGUAGCUUCCUGCAGCCAAUGGGAAGCCGGCCAGCGUCAUGGAAGACGGUCAGCACUCUGCUCCAUGCUGGUCUAGCGUGGCACACAGGAGCCGACCGGGUGGGAGGCGGGAGUCCCCGAGUGGGGGGCAGGGGUCCAUGGGCCGGUUAAACGACCCCCAUGGGCCGCUUGUCGGGAGGGGUAUUACUCAGAAGGGUGGUGGGAAUGGGUGAAAUCAGUAUUUGAUCCCCUAUCAACCAGCCAGAUGUCAGGCUACCUGGUAUCUUCACUGUAUGUAACGAGCUGAGAUUAGAAGCACCUGUUGUAAGGGAGAGGUCUUACCUGUAACCCCAGCUCCUUACAGUACCUGCACAAAAGACACCUGUCAACAGAAGCAAUCAAUCCAGCAGAUUCCAAAGUAGCCACCAUGACCAAGACCAAAGAGCUGUCCAAGGAUGUCAGGGACAAGACUGUAGACCUGCACAAGGCUGGACUGGGAGGCAACAAAGGAGUGGCUCAAGAAUCCCAUCAAAAAUCUGUGGAGGGAGCUGAAGGUUUGAGUAGCUACACAUCAGCCUCGAAAUCUUACUGACUUGGAGAGGAUCUGCAAAGAGGAGUGGGACAAAACACCUCCUGAGAUGUGUGCAAACCUGGUGGCCACCUAUAAGAAACGUCUGACCUCUGUAAUUGCCAACAAGGGUUUUGCCACCAAGUACUAAGUCAUCUUUUGCAAAGGGAUCAAAUACUGAUUUCACUCAUUAUAAUGCACAUCAACCUCUGACUUUUGUCUUCUGGGUUUCUGGGG